ACUCAGUUUUAUACCUGUUAUUUCCUUUAUUCCCAUCAGACAUUCAUCAGAAACUCAAUCAUAGGAGAUGAGUAUCGCUGGCCAACAACCGUUCCUUACUACCUGGAGGACUGUCUGGAGAUGAAUGCAAAGGGAGUAAUCCUGAAGGCAUUUGACCAGUACAGACUGAAGACCUGCAUUGACUUCACACCAUGGAAAGGAGUGGGGAACUACAUGUCUGUGUACAAAGGGAAAGGAUGCUUCUCCUAUGUAGGCAACCAGCGUAUGGGGAGGCAGCAGCUGUCCAUUGGUGAACACUGUGACUCUCUAGGAACCGUUGAGCAUGAGGUCCUGCACGCUCUGGGCUUCUGGCACGAGCAGUCCAGAGCCGACCGUGAUGAUUAUGUCAACAUCAUAUGGGAUCAAAUUGAACCUGGUCAAGAGCACAACUUCGAAAGCCACGAUGACACGGUGUCCAGUGCUCUAGGCGUUCCCUAUGACUACAGCUCUGUAAUGCACUACGGAAAGACGUCCUUCAGCAUUGAUUCUGAGCCCACCAUCGUCACCAAGAUCCCCCACUUCAUGGAUGUGAUUGGUCAGAGCAUGGGGUUCAGUGCUAGUGACAUAAUCAAGCUCAACCGUCUCUACAACUGCACCAAGUCUUCUACCUUUGUGGACAGUUGUGACUUUGAGGAGGAGGACAUUUGUGGGAUGAUUCAGGGUCCUGGCAAUGCAAAGUGGGAACAACGUAGUUCUGUGAAAGGAGGGCCUCAGACUGACUUCACCAACAUGGGACAAUGCAAAG